GCAUUCGGCGUCGGUGGGAGGGCUGGACGGCACCGGUUGAGGCUCUAGUUACUGUGCAGCCGCGUCGAUCCAACUUUGGGGCCAAGAAAUUUGGAAAGCGCUCUUUUUUCACGACGCGUUUUUUGCCGGUUCCGGCGCCGUCGCUCUUUGGAUUGACGCUCCCAUGGUGGCGAACGGUGCCUUGAGGACAGAUCCGGCACUGUGACGAGUAGGAUCGGUCUCCUACGGCGUCGACUGGUGCCUGGAGGAAAGAUCCUGUCUCCUUGACGUGCUUAUCACUUUAGGCUCCGAUUGACUCUUCCAUGAUGACUACCGUUGAACUGGAAAAUAGAUCCGGCAUCGUGCGAAAUCUGAUACAAAUAGAGCACCGAAGUGGCGCUAUGUUUCCUACUAUUACACAGCGGCCGUCAUUGUUCUACUGGCCAACCGGUGUUUCUACGAAGCAGUGGCCGUACCGCCGUACCGCCGUACCUUGGAUCCGCGGCAUCCGUCCUUUUGAAUUUUAAAGGGAGGGCAUGCACUCAGAAUUCAAACCACAAUGAGGCGUUUUGGAGGUUUUGGCACCUAGGUAGAGUUGAUACGGAGAGGUAAUUCGUUAAUCUUUAUAUUUUUCUUUUAUGCUUUCAAAGAGGCAAGAUUCUAUCUCUUUCGCACAUUUUUGGGAACUACUUUAGUUAAAAGACUAUCAUUCUCUGUACUAUUGUGUUUACAUCAUAAAUUGCAAAAUUUUAAUUAAUGUCACGUGUAAAAUUUUUAUUGACCGGAGGAGUUUAAGUCAUGUCAGAUUUGGAUUCUAGGUCCCAUGACAGAUCAGUACAUGAGUUGACAAGAUAGGAAAGGUAAAGAUAAAGAUAAUAUUUUAUGGAGUAAUUAUUUUCUUGAAACAGAAGAGAUAAUGGCAGCUGGAAAAUAGGAGAGGAUCACAGUUAAAAAGGAGAUUUUAUCUAAUAAAGUACAGGUGGCGAAAUCUGAAAGAAGAUUAGACUAGAUUAAAAGAUGAGGUGUCUCACUAUUCCAACAAACUACCCAUGAUUGAGUAACUGCCGGCACAAGAGGAAUAAAAAGGAAAUUUUGGCAAGAGGAACACACGGUCAGCCCUACUCAAACAUUAGCAAAUUUUCAUACUUUGAUUUUCUCUGCACAUGCUUCCAGAUUUUGGUUUUCAGCACAGAUUUCGUAUUCUAGCACAGAUUUCAUUAAAAUUUGGUUGUUUUUCAUCAUUUCAGUAGACAAAUUAUUUCCUAUAUUCAGUUAAACAAUUUCCUUUCAUGCAAUGAACUUCAAUCCUUCAA